AUGUUCAGGAAAAUCAACAAUGUCUUCCGUCCCAACCAGCCUGGACACAGAGGCCGGGAUGCAGGUGGGGGCAGGAGCGAACAGGAUUACCACAGAGCCUGCACCGUCAGGCUGGUCCGCAGCACCUCCAUGCUCGUGGUGGGGGAGAGAAGCCAGGCGACGGCCGCCGGUAGCUCCACUUUAAAACGCAGCAAGAGCUCAGUGACUAUCGAGUCGACCUUGUACUGUUACCAGAGGCAAGAGGACCAGAUAUGGCUGUACUCUCAGAACCAGAACUGCCUGGAGUACCUGGAGGCCCUGGUGGCUCUGAGGCGGCGCUACACCCAGAGUGUGAGCGACCUGAAGAGCAGCGACAUCCAGGCCAACGUGGCCUCCUCCAGGAAGAAGCCUGCACCCCCACCGCCCACUAAACAGGAACCAGUGACCAAACCCUCUGCUCCUCCGGUCCCCACAGAGGAGAACACUCUGCAGUUCUUUGACUCGGUCAUCGCCAGCUGCGAUGAGCCUCCGCGUAAACCUUACCUGGAUGAUGGACAUGCAGAUGUGGACUUCAUGGUCGCAUCCAGCUCAGCUGAACACGACCUCCACUCCAAUUGGGUCUUGCGGGUUCCUCGUGUCGCGGAUGACUCAAAGGAGAAGGCUGUUCGUCACUGUGCCAAGGAAAGCAAGAAGAAAACCAAGAGCGGGUCCACGAGCAGCAGGCUGCGGCUUCAGAGGAACCCGAUCCACCUGCCCAAGGCGGUGGAGAGCGCCUUCCAGACUCUGCGCUUCAAGCCCAAAUUAAAAAAAGAAAAGUGA